CUUUUUCUCUCCUUUACUACUACUUGAAGUUGGUAAAUCACUUUCUUCAUCGUCAAUUUCCAUUGCCGACGCCAUAUUUAAAUUUUGAACGAAGCCAACUGACAUCUCGUGUAAGCAAAUCAAAGCACGACGAUCAGUUCACCGGACAAGGUUAUAUUGUCAAAAGGGUAACCAACAUUUGAAAACACUUGACAGUUCCCUCGAUCACUCGAAAGUUGAAUAACAAGAUUAUAAUAAAGUGUCAGUGUAAAGAUUGAUUUUAUAGUCUUCAAUUGUCAAAUUUACUGCACGAUGAGACGAAAGGCAGGUGUUGGUGCAAUUCAGAAACAAAAACUAGAGCAAGAGAAAUAUAGAGAUAAAGGGACAGAGAUCCAAGAGAAUCAGUUUGAACAGAUGACAAAACAAAUGGAAACAUUUCGUGUUAACCUAGAGGAAUUUGCAACCAAGCAUAAAACGGAAAUUAAAAAGAAUGCUCGUUUUCGACGGCAAUUUACUGAAAUGUGUGCAUCAAUAGGUGUAGAUCCUCUAGCCUCAGGAAAAGGUUUCUGGUCAGUUCUUGGCAUAGGAGAUUUCUAUUAUGAACUUGCAGUACAAAUAGUUGAAGUUUGUAUGGCCACGAAUGAAAAAAAUGGUGGAUUAAUAUCAUUAGAUGAACUAAGAACAAGACUGGUUCAAGCGAGAGGUCGUAGGAAAGAACACCAAGAUAUAACAAAUGAAGACUUAUUGGCUGCAGCUAAAAAGUUAAAAAUUUUUGGUAAUGGUUUUUCCAUUGUUCCAAUAGGCAGGGGUAAACAUUUAGUGCAAUCUGUUCCUGGAGAACUAAGUAUGGACCAUACCGCAGUAUUGCAGCAAGUCAGUUUAUCUGGAGGUGCAAAUAUUUCUAAGUCUAAAUUACACAAAGAAUUACGAUGGGAACUAGACCGUGCUCAAAAGGCAUUGGACCACAUGGUUAAGGAAGGACUAGCAUGGUUGGAUGAACAAGGUGAUGAUGAAACUUUAUAUUGGUUCCCUAGUUUAUUUACAGCCUGUAUUGUAUCCAAAGAAUAAGCACAAUUCUGACUGUGCUAUUAAUAAAUAGGCAGUAUUUAAAACAGAAUACAAGAAAUAUAUAUAGUGUAAAAUGUAAAAUGUAUUUUUAAUGGGAAUAAAUUUAUAUGUUCUUA